AUGGCGGCGCUGGUGCUGCUGAGGUUGAAAAAAUUGCAUGGGGCAGAUUGGGCCAGGCUCCCUGGUUGUACAGUUGCGGCACUUGAACAGAGCUUUGCACUGAAAAGCACUUUCCUUGCAGGCAGUUCCAAGGCUGCAUCCCUGCACUGGACCAGUGAGCGUGCAGUCAGUGCCUUCCUGCUGGGCCUGCUCCCCGCUGCCUACCUGUACCCCGGGGCGGCCGUGGACUAUUCCUUGGCUGCAGCACUUACUCUCCAUGGCCAUUGGGGUCUUGGACAGGUAAUAACUGACUACGUCCAUGGGGAUACUCCUAUCAAAGUGGCCAACACAGGUCUGUAUCUACUGUCGGCCGUUACCUUCUCUGGCCUCUGCUACUUCAACUAUUACGACGUUGGUAUCUGCAAGGCUGUGGCCAUGCUGUGGAGCCUCUGAGAUGCAACAAGUUGCUGGCAAACGUGAUUGUUCCUUGCUGCCUCUGCUUUACCAUAUUUUUAACAAAAAGUUUAAUGCAAGAACAAUGAAUAAACAAGGGUCUGUAGUAUGUACAUAUAGCAGCCAAUUUGGAGCUCAUCUUUCAGAAAUAAAUCCCCAUCUUUCUUUAGAUUUAUUGCUACAGCAGGAAAAGUCUUGGGAUUUAAAGUGGGUAACGUCCAGUGAGUUGAUUUAAGCUGCAAAUGGGAAGGGAUGACAUAAAUAGCAAAGUACAGCUGAGGAUAGUUUCCUUGUACAGGCAGUUUCCAUGAGUGUUUUUCUGAAAUACUGUUUUCUGUUUUGUAAGACAAACUUAGUGAUAAUAGAACUAUUAUUUCUGACAUCACAAAUGAACUGUAUGUAAGGCACUCCCUGCAACUCUUCAGGCCCUAAGAGUUAAUGUAGAAAAGGGAAUACUUUUUUCUUAAUCCAUACAAUAAAGAAUUUGCAGAAAUUG